AUGGGAGAGUUACCUCUACUUGGUGAAGCCACUGCUACUACGGAUACGGAGCUCCGUUUACCCAACCCGGUUCAAAACAGGCCCAAACGGCCCAGAGAUAGUAACAACAGCAACCACCCGGUUUACCGAGGCGUCCGGAUGCGGGCUUGGGGGAAAUGGGUAUCCGAAAUCCGCGAGCCGCGGAAAAAGAAUCGGAUCUGGCUCGGGACGUUCGCCACGCCGGAAAUGGCGGCUCGAGCUCAUGACGUGGCAGCUCUCGCUAUCAAAGGAAACUCAGCCAUCCUCAACUUCCCUGAACUCGCACCGUUAAUGCCUCGACCAGAGUCGAAAUCUCCUCGCGACGUUCAAGCCGCCGCCGUCAAAGCCGCUGCCAUGGAAGUUCCUGAUCAACAAACUACAACAUCGCAGUCACAUACUUCAUCUUCUUCUUCUUUCUCUUCGCUGUCGCAAUCCUCGUCGUCGUCUUCGUUGGCGGUUUCGUCUUCCGACGAACCGUCAACGCCAGAACCAGACGAACUCGGUGAGAUAGUGGAACUACCAGCAUUGGGAACGAGUUUCGAAUUACCCGACCCGGUUAAUAUGGUAUUUUCCGACCCGGUGGAUGGAUGGCCUUAUUAUUCACACAGUUGGGAUCAGAUUUCAAUGCAUCAAGACAACUCUGAAAGUAUAAGUAUGAUUCUUUGUGGUUUUGAGGGUUCAUUAUGGCAGCAUUAA